AUGGCAAAUGUUGACGUUGAUCUUGAGAGUGUUUACCAAGACUAUUUGGCGUCUUUACAAGACUUGACCUUCAACUCAAAACCUAUUAUUACUAACUUAACUAUUAUAGCUCAAGAAAAUAUACCAGCUGCAAAAGCAAUCGCUAAAUCAAUAGAAAAACAAAUCCAUAGUUGUCCACCUGAACAUAAACUUCCCGUUUUAUAUUUACUUGAUUCUAUUAGUAAAAAUGUUGGUGGACCUUUUGUUCAUCUAUUCUCAAGAAAUCUUAAUAAUAUUUUUAUGGAAACCUAUAAUUCUGUUGACCAAGCCACAAAAUUAAAACUUGAAAAAGUGUUGGUUACUUGGAAAGCUGGUUUAAAUGGUUGUGGACCUAUAUUCUCUAAUGAUGUAAUUGCUUUAAUUGAAGGAACAUUAACGAAACAUAAUCAAAGGUAUAAUAAUAACCAUCAAUUAAGGAGUCCAAUUGAUAAUGCUGCUACUAAUAACCUUAUUAAUGGUAAUAAUGUUGAUGGUGCUAAUGGUAGAAAUUGUAUACAUAUCAAUCCAAAUUUCUUGAAUGGAAUCAACCAAAAUUCUUUGACGUCUAUAAAACAAUCACCAUCGCCGUCACCACCUCCACCUCAAAUCCAACAACAACCACCUCAAGCUUUACCUCAAUCAACGACUUCUAAUCAACGGAUAGUAGAUGAUAAUAAACAUGCAAAUGGAAUUCCUGCACUUCCAACAAAUCCAAUUAUAGGAUAUUAUAACACUCAACAACAACAGUCACCAAUUCCUUUACAUAACCAAGUGUUUAUUCCUCCACCUGAACAACAACAAUUAUUACAAGAGUGUCAAGCAUUGAUUUUGUUACAUCAACAAACUGCUUUAACAAAUCCAUCAGAUACAAAUAAUCAAAAUCAAACUAUAUUCUUACAAAAGCUUUGUGAAUUGAUUCAACAAAAACCAAUUCCAAGUGAAGAGAUUCAAAAAAUCAGACAGGUGCUUGGUAUCAACAAUACAACAAAUCAAACAAAUAUUCAAUCUGUUCAAACAGCACCUAUUAUUCAACCUCAUCCUACUAAUGCUGCAACAACUAUUCCUGCUGCCAAUAAUAAUAAUAUACUUUGUGAAUUGAUUCAACAAAAACCAAUUCCAAGUGAAGAGAUUCAAAAAAUCAGACAGGUGCUUGGUAUCAACAAUACAACAAAUCAAACAAAUAUUCAAUCUGUUCAAACAGCACCUAUUAUUCAACCUCAUCCUACUAAUGCUGCAACAACUAUUCCUGCUGCCAAUAAUAAUAAUAUAGUUCCAACUACAACUUAUCCACCGCCACCACCACUUUCUAUCCCAGUUGCAUCUGCCAGUAAUACUGCUAAUUUUAUUCGUAAUAAUAUUGCUCUUUUAAAUAAUGUUGCUCCUCAACAUUUAUCAACUCCUUCACCACCACAUACUGUUGUUAUGUCGAUGUCACAACUUCAUCAAAUCCUUCAACAACCUAAUACAUUAUUAACUAACCCUGUCACUUCUGCCGCUAUACCAGUAACUACAUCUACUG